CCCAAGACAGGCGGAGACUGGGGCACAGUUCCUGCAAAAUAAUCUUAAAAUCUACCGUCGUAGGCCUUCCGCAAAGUGAAAUAAAUCCGUUGACAUUACAUUCAUCUUUAUAUGACAUCGGAAUAGCCUGUUUCAAGCAAUCUAGUUGCAAUAUAGGGUUAAGUACAAAUAAGUGGCAAGAGUAGCCACUUAGAUAGCUGGCUAGUUAUUGAGGAAGCCAACGUAAAGCACGGGACAGGACAUCAUCACAGAGGAAGGCUGUCCUGAAUUGAAGUAGCUAUGGUCGAAGUUGUGGUGGAGUACGAGUACGAGGCAGCACAUGAGGAUGAGCUGACACUGAGGCCUGGGGAUGUGAUAAAAAAUGUGCGCAGAGUGGAGGAAGAAGGAUGGAUGGAAGGAGAACUCAAAGGAAAGAAAGGACUCUUCCCUGACAAUUUUGUCAAGGACAGUGAAGAGGUGGACAGGAAACAAGUGGGAGAGAGAGAUGGGGUUGGAUUGGGACAUGAUCGCAGGCCGGUUUCGAACCUGGGUCCCCGUGGGCACUCGGACCCGUAUAUGGAAAUUAAAAAUGAAUCAAAGGAAACCAAAGAGGUCAAAGAAGAAUCUCAGCCCACACGACGUGGGGCUGGAAAUGUGGCCAGUCUUGUCCAGAGAAUCAGCACUUAUGGCAUUCCAGCGGGUGGCUUCCAGCCAUCUUCUCAACCCCGUGUCUCCAAAAAGACUACUCCAUUAUCUUCUACCCAGCACACUACCGGUUUCCAUCAAGAACUCAAGAAGCGGCAGUGUAAAGCUCUAUUUGACUAUGUACCUCAGAAUGAGGAUGAGCUGGAGUUAAAAGUUGGAGACGUCGUUGAGAUCACUGAAGAAGUGGAAGAGGGGUGGUGGAGUGGUGUGUUGAAUGGGAAGUUUGGUCUCUUCCCCUCUAACUUUGUGAAGGAAAUGGAGGAAAGUGAUGAUGCAGAUGCUGACAAUGGUAACACAGAAGCAGACUGCAGUAGCAAAGAUGGCAUCAGUACUCCCAUGUCCCCUCAUUCUGGUAAUGAAACCAAAGCUCAACCCAAGAAGGUCAAAGGAGUUGGCUUUGGUGACAUCUUCAGCCAGGGCUCUGUGAAGCUUAAGGUCCGGCUGCCCACAGAAGUAGAUGAGAAGAAAGAGAAACCAGUUCCAUCAUUACCAUCAGCUGCAAAAAUCACCCAUUCCAACACGACAGAGUCCCUGAAAAUAGAUGGGGAGAGCAAAACAAAAGUGAAAGAGUACUGCAAGGCCUCCUAUGCUUACGAUGCCACAAAUCAAGAUGAGUUGGACAUUAAGGAAGGAGACGUCAUUGAGAUUCUCACCAAGGACACAGGAGAACCUGGGUGGUGGAGAGGAGAAAUAAAUGGCAGAGAAGGAGUUUUCCCUGAUAACUUUGUGGUCUUGAUUUCUGAAAUUGACAAAGAGAAACCAAAGAAGCCACCACCUCCUUUGAAAACUACAGGUGACAAGAUGGUUCCAGAUCACAAACCGUCAAAGCCUGCUGCUCCUAUGGUUCCACCUAAAAAGCCAAUCCCUCCGCCUGGCAAAGGGCGCUCAGGAGCUGGACCACCCAAACGACCUGAGAAACCUCUAGCAUCAUCUCCUGCCACUCCUGCUGCUAAACAUAAUGGAGAGGUACCUACCACAAGACCAAAGUCAGACCUGGAACCAGCACUACACACAAAACCAAAAACAUUGUCUGGUGACUGGGGGGAGAAAACCGCUGAAACAAUUGACCUCAUGAGCUUUGAUGACGUCUCCGCAACCUCUGAGAAACUCUCUCAUCCAACUGCAAACAGACCCAAAAUGCCUGGGAGAAGACUUCCUGCACAGUUUGGAGGCCCCUCUGUGAGUGCCAUUCAGCCAAGCAAAGAGGCAGGUGAUACCAGUCAGAGGGCAGAGGAGGACGAAGUCUCUCAGUCUAAUCUGACCAAGCCUUCAGACCUUGGGAAGCCACUGGUUUCAACCGCCUCAUCAGGCUUGAACAGUAAAGUCAACACUACAAUACCAACCUCGCCUGAAAUCAAAUCGAGAGCUGGGAGGGAGAAGGAGAAAGUCAUGGAACUGGAUGAGCUUCGGACUCAGAUGAAGGAGGUCCUGUUGACUGUAGAGUUACUGAAGACUCAGCAAAUGAGAGAACUUGCUGAACUGAGAAAUGAUUUGGAAGAUGAGCGUUCAAAGCGUAUGGCCCUACAGAUUGAGAUAGACAAAUUAAAGAAGAUGUUGCAGUUAACAUGAAGCUGAAAAGAAAUGGCCUAUGAGAGUGCAACCCUACAUAGUCAUCAAGACCUACCACAGGAGAAAGAUGCCAUUCUCACGCCCUUUUAUUCCCUGCUCUAUUUAACAUUAUGGUUACAGUUUUGCACAUAAUCAUUGUAAUUGAAAUAGAGGAAAUUGUAGUGGAAACGUGUAUGGGUUAUUUUGCCAAAACAAGUUCCUGGGGCCUUAAAUUACUACUGUGCUGAGAGAAUGUCCGAACAUUGCUUUGAAAUACUACUGACUCUGUAUAAAGUUAUGGGAAAUUAUUUUCCUUGUUCCUUAUUUUUUAUUUUUAUAUGUAGUCAUUUUGAUUUUGUGUGUGUAUGUAUGUAUAUGUAUGUAUAUAUAUAUAUAUAUAUAUAUAUAUGUGUGUGUGUGUGUGUGUAUGUGCGUGUGUGUAUGUGCGUGUGUGUGUGCGUAUAAAUAUAUAUAUAGAUGUAUAUACACACACACACACCCUUACAGAGGACCAAUGUAUUCACUUUCUCUUUAGAGAUGAUUAUAUAUGUGGAGUGAUAUGACAUAUUUCCUUGCUGUUUUAAAGGGAGAUGGUCUUCUUUUUUGUUUGUUGUAAAGGAUAUCACUAUUGUGCCUAAUGUUCUUUUUCCAAGCGGUAAUUCUGGGAGAUGGCAUGUAUCUCAUUGCACAAAAUUAUGGCAUUGUAAAUAUUUGUGGCUAAUGGAUAUGCAGCCAUGUUAAAUACACAUACAUUUUCACAGAUCUUUGAACCAUUCAAUUUCCAAAGAUGGCCUUCAUUUGACAUCAAGUUAUAUACAUUCAAAAAUAGAACCAGCAGUCAUGUUUUGUUUAUUCCCUACAAUGUUCAAGCUCAGGAUGGAUCCUGUAAUUUGGACUAAGGCGGAAAAAGCCUAAUCAUGUCUUUUAUUGUUUGUAAUGGGGAAGGGAUGUUGAUUGGUGUUGUGUUUGUCUACAUGUUGGCUCAUCUUUUUACAGGUUCUAUCUGAAAGGAUAAGCAUAUAUUUUACCAAGUGUUUUACUUUUUAAAUAUGUUGUACAUUUAAGUCUUAUUUGGUUAAGACCAGAACAUUGGUGAGGGUUUGGUGACUGGAAUACAGAACAAUUAUUCAAAUAUGAAUGUGUGGUGUUCACUAAAAAAAAAAAAAAAAACAGCCUUUAUGCAAUAGAAUUUGUGCACAGCUCCUCAGUCAUGCUAUGGUGGCUGUGGAACAAGUAGUGAGUCCUUGUUCAUAUGUAUAGAGUUACAGGAUUUUCUACAGGUUUACAUGGCCAGAAGAAGUAAAGUGUAUUUGAAAAUCAUGUUUGAGAUACUGGGAGAUAAAUGGGGACAUUAAGUGUGUUCUUAGAGUUGUACAUGGAUGAUGGACUUCUGUGUCAAUCCACAAAUUAUUACUAUAUGCACAAUGCAGUUUACCCUAAUGCUACUGUUCUACAGCACAGGUCCUACAAUUGACUGGUCCUCACAGGGUAGCCCUUGGGUAUUCCAGUAGGCCUUUUGUGACUUUCUGCAAUCUGCCUUGUUCUUUCAAAAGCUACUCAGAAUUUACUAAUGUCUUAUUAACCUCCAAGAAAAUCACUCUUUUAAAGUACGCUAAUGUGUGUACUUAUCAUACCUCUGAGGAGAGAUUGAAGCAUAACAAAUUCCAGAUCAGGUACCUCACAAGAGUGUCUGCAUGUGUAUGAUGACUUUGCACUUUGGAAUGAGCCUUGUCUGCAGCUUAGAAGUAGUAGUCUCAAGCAAUAAGAAACAUAAUUUGUGUUUAUUACCAUCUCAAGGCCUAAUGUGAUCUGUACAUUGUCAAAACAUUCUUCAUGUAUCGUCACUUGGCAAAGCAUAUUCUUUUUUUUUAAAUUCUAAACUUUAAUGAAAUUCUAGUCUGCAAAUUAUUUCUGCAAUUGAUCUUUGUAUGCACUGUAAAUUUGCAGGAGGGGAACAGAUGUUUUUCAAACUAUAUAAAUAAAAUCUACUUUUAUUUACUCUCUCA